CGUACCGACCGAUUGACUACGAGGAAGAAAGGAAGGAAGCUCGAUGGCGCUGCUAAUGACAGGGGGCGAGACCCGCGCCAUGAACGGGCUCUUCGAUGGCAUGUACACGUCGUACGUCGUCCUCAUCGUCGUGCUCUACGUCGUCGUCAAGUUUGCCCUCCACGAGAUCCACCCACCGCGCACCGAGAAGGAAGCCAGCACGAAGCGGUCGCGCGAGAUCGACAGCACGGUGGUCUACCCCUACGGCGUGGCGGAGAUGCAGGGCAAGCGACCGUACAUGGAAGACCGCUACGUGGCUGUGGGCACGCUCAACGGCGACGCGACGGCUUCGUUCUAUGGCGUCUUUGACGGCCAUGGCGGCGAUGGCGCCUCCGAGUACUGCGCCGAGAUGAUGUGCAACAACGUGAUCCAAGACCCGAUGUACGCCAAGUACCCGAAGGAGGCACUGACCAAGGGCUUUCUGCGCACGGACGAAGACUACACGCAAGUCGCCAACCGCCGCAACCGCGACGACGGCACGACCGCUGUCACGGUGCUCGCGCAGCGCGACACGAUCUACGUGGCCAACGUCGGCGACUCGCGGGCCGUUCUCAUCAAGAAGGACGGCGACGCCAUCGCCCUCUCCAACGACCACAAGCCCAACCGCCCGGACGAGCGCGAGCGCGUCACCAACAUGGGCGGCCACGUCAUUUUCUGGGGCGUCUGGCGCGUUGAAGGCAUCUUGGCCGUCUCUCGAGCGAUCGGCGACCGCAUGCUCAAGCCGUAUGUGAUCGCCGAGCCCGAGAUCACGGAGCACGAGCGCUGCGACGAUGACGCGUACCUCGUCCUCGCCUCGGACGGCGUGUGGGACGUGCUCUCGAACGCCGAGGUGGCGCGCAUGGUGCUGCAAGCCGACUCGAUCCACCUGGCCGCCAAGACCAUCAUGGAGUGCGCGUAUCAGCGCGGAAGUCUUGACAACAUUUGCGCGAUGGUUCUCGACCUGCAACCGAGCGGAAGCCCGGCGCCGAAGCGCCCAAAAGCGUCGUUGGGCGGACUCACGGAAGUGUCGCAAGCCGACGCCGACGAGGAUGUCGCGUCGACGGAUGCCGACGGCAUGGUCACGGCGCCGCUCGACUAGAUGAUCGCACCCCACGCUAGGUUCAUAUAGGAUCGUAUAUUGAAGAAGAAUCAAAGGGUACGCAGGACCGCG